UUUAAAUGGAAAAUUUUGACCGCAAACGCGUACCGGCCACGCAGUGUAUUCGAGGCUCGGAUUUUUCCAGCCGACUCAGAAACGUUUUUUUCUUGCUUACCUUAAAUUAUAUCUAUUUUUUGUACAAAGUGACGUAGAAAUCGCAUUUAGUACAUUUCUAUGGUGACACAGAGAUGACAUCCGCAACACUUUGUUUAUAUUGUGACCACAACAUAGUAAAUUGUGGCCACAAGUUAGUAAAUUGAGUGCUACGGAUGUCACCUCUAUGCCACCGUAGCCUUCCAAAAAACUUAACUUUUGAUUGAGAUGUAAGCGGACACAGAAUAUCGAUUACCUUAAGAAAACUGUUGAUAUCAACGCAUUUGUGAUUUAGCUGUGUUAGUGUUUAUUUAAGAAUUUGUGUCUGCAUUGUUACAAACAUUAUAACAGAACGUGAUCUUCAUCUGUGUCAAGGACAAACGUCGCCUGUUUGCACACAAGAUCGUCUUUGGAAACGAGGUUGUUCAACGAGCCAUGCAAUCUACCGCUUACUAUUUAACAUGCCCGGGUGUCUCUGAUCUUCGGAGGCUACCAUAGCUGGCUGGCAGUUAGACAAACGGUGCUUAAAUUUGUGGACUGCUGAAAUAAGCGGAAACUGCAUAAUUAGGUAUUGAAUAAGAUCUAAUGGCAAAACAAUGGCCUCUUAUCGAGAAUUUUUAAAGAAGAAGGCCGCCCAGAACUGGAUAAAGGCCGCCCUCGCCCUCAAAAUCACCAAGGACGGAUUACAAGAUUUUCUGGAGGACGUUCUGACAUGCGUUCACCAGGACAUCUAUAGCACUGUUAGAACAUCCAAGGGUCUUCCAUCCAGGGCAGCAUGUGCACAUUGUUUCACAGAAAACGUGUUGAAGUGCCCAACUCGUGGGAUAUGCACCAGUACUAGAAACUGUAGAUUUCAUAACUGUCCUCAAAAACUGUAUGCUCCUUGUCCAAAUGGGAUUUGUGAAGGCGUCCGUGAUGAAAUAGUCAAACAUCACAGGUUUUCGGGACCAUCAUGGAAGAAUACGAACGCCGACAAAUGGAGCACCAUUCCCUGGGAGAUAGGCAAGUGUUUCCUGCCCCCUGAUGGCUACAAGACCGUGUCCUCCAUCAAAGACAGUGACUUUAACGGAGUGAUCAGCAUCAUGAUGAAUUGCGAGGAUUUCCAGAACAAGCUGUCGUUUAACGUUGCGACACAGCAAAAUUUAUUAACAGAGGUUCGGGACAUUGGUCGACGCGUACGCCAUUCCCAUGACCAGAGGGUCAAGAACACAGAACUAGUGGACUUUGUGUUGAAGCUACGCACCCUGCUGGAGGAUAAGACUGAACUAGCAAACAGACCGGAGGCACAACACGCUGUGGAACAGCUUAAGAAGCUGCAAACAGACGAUUUCAAGAUCAGUGCUGAGAACGAAGGGGAGAUAUUGAAGGAAGGAUUACGACUACGUUUGGCAAACCAUUACCGAACCACUUUGGCCGACAUGCCGAUAUCUCCCAUUCUCGGAGAAAAGAACGCCAAACUCAGGAAAUUCUACGUGGCACCGAAAAUUGUGGAGAAAGAUCAUCGAAAAAUCGGCAAAAUUGACAACAAAGAAAGCGGUAAAGAUGUUGCAAAGUUUUCAGAUGUUUUCUUAAAAGAAGAUCAGUUGCUCAGAAAUGUUUUCCUUGUUGGAGAACCGGGCAAUGGCAAAUCUACAUUCUCCGUUAUGUGUGCCCUGGAUUGGACUCACCAGCAUUUACCAGCGGAGGAAAACGUCGGUAUUAAAACAAGCUUUGUCGACCCAGAAUUCUUCAAAAAGUUUGCAUUUUUGUUUCAUGUCACCCUACGAGAUUCAGGUAAAACGUGUGAUCUAGCACAAAUGAUCAAGGAUCAACUUAUACGUAAAAUCUACCACGAGAAGGAUGCCGAUGAUGGUUACCGGCUAUUACAGACGGUGCUGGAAAGUGAAACAUGUUUAAUCAUAGCUGACGGCCUCGACGAAUGGACCCAUCCGGAAAACGUAAACUGUACCUGCAAAACUGAGGAAAAAGUCACCCCUUUCCGAAAUUCGGCCAACAAGGCCACACUCCUCACGACAACGCGUCCCUGGCGAAUGUCACAGUUUAGAGUGCAGGAUUCAAAGAUCGACAAAUAUCUUGAAAUAGAAGGAGCUGCAGACACAGAGCAACUCGUGGAAAAUAUCAUCAACAUUCUUAAAGGGGGAAAUGAGGAUGAACGAACAACAUGGGCUUUCAUGAAAAUGGUGUCAGAGAAGGAUCUUGAAGGAUUAUUGUCAGCACCUAUCAGUAUCACCCAGCUCGUGUGCCUGUGGUUCGAGGGCAAAUCGUUAACCGAUUCAAAAUGUGACAUUUAUGCUGGCGUGAUAAACAUGCUAUCAUGUAGACUAAGUUGUAUGCAAAGCGGGCAUAAAGUUCCAAAAAUUGAACUGCCGUCUGUAUUAAAGGAACAUGAAUGCUUCAUGCGAAAUCCCAUGGUUUACCUUGCGCUGGCAAAGUUAGCAUACACAACUUUGUAUUCAGAGUGCAGAGAUUCGUCUGUUGUUUUCAGCAACAAAACAGUCAACGCUUUGUUAAGCAAGGAACAGGUUGAAUUUGCGUUGAAGUCAGGCUUACUCACGGAGAAGAAAUCCAACUCAUUGAUCAAGAGAUCAUCUCACUUUUCAUUCUUUCAUAAAACACUUCAAGAGUUUUUAGCGGCUCUUCAUUUAUGUUUAAAUGAAAACGACUUCAGUCAGCUAUCAAACAAGUACGAACAAGAUAAUAAGGAAAAUAUAUUGGGAGAUGUUUCUCAGACAUUUAUUUUCAUAUGUGGAAUGAAGCCCGAGCUCGGUGUACAAAUGUCUUCAUGGAUAAAUAGUUCUAUACCAGACAUGCCUUCAUGGAUCAAUAGUUCUAUACCACCAUACCCACCAUCACUCGACUAUGAAGAGGCUCUACUACUUCAGGACCUGAUUCUCUCCGGACACCGUGAAGCCAGGGCGAACAACUAUGAUGACAUACCGCUCUAUCUCACACACUUCUUGAUUCGUAGUGACGAGGAUUUCGUAGUGUUAAAAAAGCUGAUGAUGAUAAACAAGGAACGUAUUCAGUCACUAGUCAUCAUUGGAUACAAUGAUCAAAUUAAUGGGGAAGAGCUGCAGGAGGUGAUCACAUCCUCCUCCGACUCCCUCAAAGCAGUGGAACUGUUGUACCGUUAUGGGCAGUAUGACCUGUCCCAGUGUCACAGGCUGGAAUAUCUGUAUAUAGACGGAGACAAUACAACACGUGUGCAGGUUGAUCCAACACAUAUUACAGCAUGUGACUUAGAGAGUGUAUCAUCGAAUGUUGAAAUGUACAUAUUUAGAUUAUUUAAAGACGAUCAAAGGUGGAGUAAACUACAACGUGUUGAGUUAAGUAGCGUUAAGAAUGUCCAGUUACUUGUGGAUACACUACCAAGUCUCCCUCAGUUACAACACCUUCACAUACAGUGGACAGAUCUAGGUGAGCUCCACCUCCUCCCUCCAGCCUCCAUCACCGAUAUUACACUUAGGUGGGUGACAAUGACAGCGGAGGCGGUGCGGAGUCUGAUAGAGACGAUGAAGAACAUACCACACACCAUUACAUGCAACAUGGAGUACUGCACGGUGGAACCUGCCAGUGAGAUGAAAGACAUCCGAGAACAUAUGAACAGUUCGCCGUCAUUCGAGGUUCUCAAGUUUGACGAUACGCAUGUAGUGCUUUAUGAUACGAGUAAAUGGCUUCAUUUCAAAUUCACCAAAAUGUGAACAAUAAGUUAAAUGUUAGCGUCGAUUAUGGGAAUUCAUAUUUGAUGAAAAACAGUGAAACAAUCAAUGGGGAAGUGUCAUUCUAUUUAUAGAAAUAUAUGUUACUUUCUCCCGGAACUAAUUAUUAUCAACCACUUUCUGUGUAUUCAGUUAAUUUGAUUUAUGUUGUGUAUUUACUUGCAUCCAAAAAUAGAUUUAACUGUACACAGCAAUGUCGUUGGGGCUGGUGUUAUUAAAUAUAUCGAACUUGGAUGAAAGCUUUCUUUUUAUACGCCCGAAGGGUCGUAUUAUGUUAUGGCCUCCAUCGUCUGUCUGUCUGUCUGUCCAUCUGUCUGUCUGUCUGUCCGUUCGUUAGCAAUUCCGUGUCCGGGCCAUAACUUGGUAACUAAUAAAGCGAUUUUCAAAUAACUUUAUACAAAUAAUCACUACAUUAAAAGGAUGUGUCGCGCGCAAUUUCCAGGUCCAUACCUCAAAGACUAGAAUCACCAUGGGGGUGCGUUAGCAAAUCCGUGUCCGGGCCACAACUUGGUCACUAAUAAAGUCAUUUUCAAAUAACUUUAUACAAAGCAUCAUUACAUUAAAAGGAUGUGUCGCGCGCAAUUACCAGGUCCAUACCUCAAACACUAGAAUCACCAUGGGGGGCGUUAGCAAUUCUGUGUCCGGGCCACAUCUUUGUUACUAAUAACGUGAUUUUCAAAUAACUUUAUGCAAAUCAUCACUACAUUAAAAGGAUGUGUCGCGCGCAAUUUCCAGGUCCAUACCUCAAAGACUAGAAUCACCAUGGGGGGCGUUAGCAAUUCUGUGUCCGGGCCACAUCUUUGUUACUAAUAACGUGAUUUUCAAAUAACUUUAUACAAAUCAUCACUACAUUAAAAGGAUGUGUCGCGCGCAAUUUCCAGGUCCAUACCUUAAAGACUAGAAUCACCAUGGGGGUGCGUGUGUCCGGGCCACGACUUGGUCACUAAUAAAGUCAUUUUCAAAUAACUAUACAAAGCAUCAUUACAUUAAAAGGAUGUGUCGCGCGCAAUUUCCAGGUCCAUACCUCAAACACUAGAAUCACCAUGGGGGGCGUUAGCAAUUCUGUGUCCGGGCCACAUACUAAUAAAGUGAUUUUCAAAUAACUUUAUGCAAAUCAUCACUACAUUAAAAGGAUGUGUCGCGCGCAAUUUCCAGGUCCAUACCUCAAAGACUAGAAUCACCAUGGGGGUGCGUUAGCAAAUCCGUGUCCGGGCCACAACUUGGUCACUAAUAAAGUCAUUUUCAAAUAACUUUAUACAAAGCAUCAUUACAUUAAAAGGAUGUGUCGCGCGCAAUUUCCAGGUCCAUACCUCAAACACUAGAAUCACCAUGGGGGGCGUUAGCAAUUCUGUGUCCGGGCCACAUCUUUGUUACUAAUAAAGUGAUUUUCAAAUAACUUUAUACAAAUCAUCACUACAUUAAAAGGAUGUGCCACAUGCAAUUUCCAGGUCCAUACCUCAAAGUCUAGAAUCACCAUGGGGGGACGUUAGCAAUUCCAUGUCCAGGCCAUAACUCAAAGACUAGAAUCACCAUGGGGGGGGGGGGGGGCGUUAGCAAUUCUGUGUCCGGGCCACAUCUUUGUUACUCGUCCGUUAGCAAUUCCGUGUCCGGGCCAUAACUUGGUAACUAAUAAAGCGAUUUUCAAAUAACUUUAUACAAAUCAUCACUACAUUAAAAGGACCUAAAGCCGAAUCUUCUUCGGGCGUAUAAUGCUCCGUUUCGCGGUGCUCUUGUUUAAUUAUAACACAACAGUCCGUAAUCAACACGUGCAAUAGUCGGUUCAACUUGAUGGACAUUUUUUUAAAAGAAUCCCUCAAUAAAUCAACUAAUUUCCUAGUUUAAUGUGAUAUCAUUUGAUAAAUGUUAAGUACUUACUUCGCGAAGAGAUUAUUAAUUGAUAUGGAAUAUUUAACUUAUUUCUUUAUUCACAAUGGCAUUCUAGCUCAGCUGUUUUUUAUAUUCUGUAUUAUAGAAAUGUAUCAAUAACACGUUGACUUUUUUAAUUUUUAUGAUCUAUUACAUAAAUUUCACAUUAUUAUAAUGCUAUCUACAAAACUAUGAUAUCAUUUAUGCACCAGUCAAUUGUAACCACGGCCCUCAGGUCCGGGGGGGGGGGAAAGGCGGGGAAAUUGGCCGUGUUUUUACCUUCCAGGUGGCCCUGCAGUGCCGUGUGAGUGCGGUGGUUUUGUCUUCGCGCCAAAUAUAGCGAGGAAUUGGCCUUACCUAGGGUCCCUGGGGUGCGAGGGCAUUAAACGGGGACCUUACCAGCAAUUCGUCCCCGCAAGACGGGGGUUUUACCCGGGCUUGGCAGGAACGAAAGUCAAAGUCCCCGCUAUUCCCCGGACCUGGGGGAGGGGCGUAGUUAUAAUUGACUGGUGCAUUAUCGACAAAUGCUUCAAAGGAAAUACCCAAACAAUAAACACAUUGAGUUACCUAAAUAAUAGAAUAUACAAUGCCCUAUUAUUAGACAUGUCACACAAUUGGAGUAUUAUUGAAGAAGAUAUGAUUAAAUGUUGAAAAUA